CCAGCCGCCGAGCGAGGAUGGUCGACGGAGCGCUCUCCGCCCCUCUCCCGUCACACGUGGUGAUUCUGGUUACGUGAAGAGCAUUUUUUGGUCAGUAAUUAAAACGAUGCAUAAUUUUAGUCGGUACCGCACGUACGAUCGAAGUUGACAAAACUAAAGUGUGUGAAACUAUAGUUAGAGGAUAAUAAACAAUAUCUCUAAAGACGACUGGGAAUAUACAGACAACUUUACAAAUAAGGGGAGAAAAACAAGAAAAAAAUGAUCUAUAUUAUUGAAAAAAACCAAUAUCGACGGAAAAAUAAAACAAAAUCUCCAAUUAAAAAAUGAACAACAAAAACUGGACCAAACCGGAUUAAUAGACAAUAAAAGAAAGUGAAAAAAACACAAAACCAAAUUUUUAGAAAAAAAGGUAAGAGAAAACCCGACAAAACCAAAUACAUAAAGAACUAAUAUAUACGAAAAACCCAAAAAACUAAAUAAACCUUUUGAUAAAAAAAAAAACCAUUCUCUCCAAUUUUUAGAAAAAAAAGAUAAGAGAAAAUCCACAAAAUCAAAUAUAGACAGACAAAAAUAUAUACAAGAAAAAACUCACAAAACUAAAUAAACCUUUUGGAAAAAAAAGAAAGAAAAAAAAAUUCUCUCCCCGAACACUGAAACAAAAGACGCGUCCAUUGCGCCUCUGGGAGACUACGAGAAGAAAGGAAGAGAAAGGAAGAAGGAAGGAAGAAAGCACUAAGAGAAAGCGAAGAAGGACAACUUUCUGAAAGAGAGAGAAAGGACGAUGGGGGGAGUCAUAGUGAGGCUUUCGGACGCCGUGACCCGAAGGAAGACGGUGAAUCCUGCCCCUCCAGGACUCCAGCAGUCCUUGACGCCCCUGGAUCUGGCCGCCGUCGGUAUGAGCGGCGUCGUGGGCGUGGGCGGAUAUGUGUACGUGGGCGUAGGGGCGGCUGAAUGGGCAGGCCCUUCGGUCGUCCUGUCCGUUCUGCUGGCGACGGUGUCUGCAAUACUGACAGGUGCCGUUUGCGCUGAAUUAUGCAUCUGUAUGCCCCGGGGAGGGGGCGUGUAUACGCACGUCUACGCCACUUUGGGGGAGCUCCCAGCGGUGCUGGUCACUUCCACCCUCCUCCUCGAUUUCACGCUCUUGUCUGCCAUUGCGGCUAGGAGCAGCAGUCAGUACCUGUCGGCGGCGACCAACUACAGCCUGAGCGAGGUCCUCCUGCCUCACCUGUACGAGUCUCCCUACCUGGCCUCCUACUGCGACGUGCCAGCUGCUGGUCUGGCCCUCCUCUGCACCGUCAUGGUAGCCAUGGGAACCAAGGUGAGAAGAGAUGGGUGGGUUGGCGACGGGGUGGAGAGGUGA